CAGGGCCCUUAAAACACAAAACACAGAGUGAAUAUAACAAGCCGUUCAUGUGCAUUCAUGUCAUGAAGGUACACGGAAAGUAGCCGAGGGAUUUUCUUUUUAGUAUUCACGCUGGGACGCAGGCGCAGUAUACAUGUACUGUUCUUACACUUUUUCGGACACUUCAACUUCUAAACUUGUGCCAACGUCAAUUGUAUUGUCCGUACUAUUGAGCAGACGUCGUGAAAUCAAGAUGCAGUCUAUAGCGAUAAUAUGCCUCGGAGUUGCAGUUGUAUGUCUCUGCACUGCUCAAAGAGGAUCGCCCACCGAUAUUGAUCAAUUAGUGGUGGAUAUUUUGGAAAGGGCAUUAGGAGAGGAGAUACGUAUAAAGAACUUAGUUUCGGACUUCAAUGAAGAUUCUCUUCGUAGUCUACUGGAAUUAUAUGGAACAAUUACGUCAUUUAAGGUAUACGAUGAUAGCGGUACCCAAUUCAAGUAUGCACAAGUUAAAUUCAGUAACAGCCAAGACGCAGCAGAUGCUGUUGCUGACCUUAAUAGAGCAAUGUUUAUGGGUCAGCCUAUGGUCAUAAGCGUCUAUUAGAGGAAACCUCUUGGAAGCUCUAAAAGAAGAGGUUGGGAGGAGCAGAAGAAAAUAUAACAGAGGUAGUCGAAGAAGAUAUAGAAGCUAAGGAAGUCGUUGCGGCAAUAGUGGAAACACAACAUCAACAAUAUAUAGGACUUCAAUGGACAAGUGAUCACGUCGAACAUUUCUUGACGUUUAAGAUUAUUAUACAAUGAUAAGAGCAAUGUUAGCAACACCAUUUAUAUACAAUUAUUGAUCUACUUGGAAUGAAUAUAUUAAUUAUGCAAA